AUGGAAAAACUGACGCGUGCUUGGAAAGGAUUAUACCAAGAAAGGAGCAAAUCUGCAACGGUUCUCUUAGAAGUAGUUGCCUCUGCUGACUUGUGGAUAUGGCACGCAUUUUUUGGAACACCUGGAACUUGCAAUGAAAUCAACGUGUUGCAACAAUCUUCGGUGUUUGAUGAUAUAUAUCAAGUGUUCAUCCCAGCUAUUCGAAUGCCAAUGAAUCCCGUGGAUGAUUUAUUCACCCAGCGCCAAGAAUCUGUCCGAAAAGAUGUGGAGCGUGCCUUUGGCGUUCUUCAAUCACGUUUCGCAAUAAUACAAAGACCAGCUCUUGUAUGGGACGGACACUUGUUGUGGGAGAUUAUGUUGGCUUGUAUAAUUCUUCAUAAUAUGAUUGUUGAGGAUGAGCGAGAUACAUACCAGAAUUAUCAUGACAUGUCGGAAUUUGAGCAAGAAAACAAGACAGCGAUUUCCGGAUCAACUCGUACAAACUAUUCUGUGCAACCUGGUCGAUUUAAUGGUGUUGGACUUGACCAAUAUAUGGAAAGGAGAGCUGACACAUGGGAUAAAAAUGUUCACAAUGCCUUACAAAGAGACCUGACUCAACAUCGAUCUUUGGCAAAAUUGUGGCCCGUCUACCGAUGA